ACUUAAUGUGUCGACAUCCAGGUUACAGACGUUGUUAUAACGGAUCCAAAGAUUUUUUACGUACUUUUUGUUGUCGUAACCAACGUCGUGGAUGUAAUAGCUACACAUCGGAUUGAUAUAUAUCACCGUGGUUUUUGACGUACAGAAGGUGCCAAUUUAUCGUUUACACAGUGGGAUAGUAAGGUGUCUAGUGUUGAAGGGCACUGAAUUGAGUCAUUAGGUGCUUAUAAAAUUCAAGUUCCAUACCAUGGCUAAGGUGGACAAGGAUACGGAGGUUGUUGAGGAAGAGCCCGAAAGCAAGGCUACUUCCAGUCCAGAUACCACCAAUUCUACACAUUUAACUCCUAAAAAGCGUGACUAUUUCACUGAUAUAUAUUUCAAGGACUUAGAUUUAUCAGAACCCUUGAUAAAUGGUUUGACUGAGCUUAACUUUGAGCGUACUACUGAGAUACAGGCCAAAUGCAUUCCACAUCUGCUACAAGGCAAGGAUGUUUUAGGGAAGGCUCAUACAGGUUCCGGUAAGACCCUGGCAUUUUUAGUACCACUCGCGGAGGUACUGUUCCAAGUCAAGUUCAUGCCGAGGAAUGGUACUGGCGGUUUAAUCAUAUCACCCACUCGUGAACUGAGUGAGCAAACUUUUGCCGUUGCUAAGGAUGUGCUAAAAUAUUUACCUCAGACCAUAGGCUUGGUCAUGGGUGGUACUAAUCGCAGGGGUGAGGCUGAGCGACUCAGUCGCGGCAUCAAUAUCCUAAUCGCUACACCAGGUCGUUUACUGGACCAUAUGCAGAAUACGAAGGGAUUCCUAUAUAAAAAUCUAUUGGUCCUGAUUAUAGAUGAAGCAGAUCGCAUUCUAGAGAUAGGUUUCGAGGAGGAAAUGAACCAGAUUAUCAAGUUGUUACCCAAAAAACGUCAGACAUGUCUAUUUUCCGCUACUCACACAUCAAAGGUGGAGGACAUGGUGCGGUUAUCCAUGACCAAUCCCGUAUUUGUCCAGGCAUGUUCCAAGGAUGUAGCUACGGUUGCUACCCUUGAGCAGGGAUAUGUCGUAUGCGAGGCGGAGAAUCGCUUUAUGUUACUCUUUUCAUUCCUUAAGCGCCACCUGGAUAAAAAGAUUAUGGUCUUCUUCAGUAGUGGCAACUCGGUUAAAUUCCACGAUGCACUAUUGAAUUAUAUUGACAUUGCAGUUAAGUCGAUCUACGGCAAGAAGCAGCAAAACAAGCGCUCUAGUGCAUACUACUCAUUUUGCAAUGCCAAGACUGGUAUACUACUGUGUACCGACGUAGCAGCUAGGGGUUGGGACAUUCCAAAGGUUGACUGGAUUGUACAAUAUGAUCCACCAUCUGACCCGCGUGAUUACAUUCACCGUGUUGGAAGGACUGCCAGGGGUGCUGAUGGAGAAGGGCGUGCUAUAAUGUUCCUUAUGCCGGAGGAACUUGGGUUCCUGCACUACCUUAAGGAGCUGAAGGUACCACUCAGCAAGUAUGAAUUCGAGCUCAACAAAAUCGCUAAAGUCCAGGUGCAGCUAGAGAAGCUCGUGGAGAAGAACUUUUACCUCAACCGUGCUUCCAGGGAGGCCUAUAGAUCAUAUCUUCAGGCCUACCUGUCACACAGCCUGAAGGACAUUUUCAACGUCCACUCGCUGGAUCUAAUCAGAGUAGCCAAAUCAUUUGGUUUCUCUAAUCCCCCUAAGGUUGACUUGAACAUCAAGAUAACAGAUCGAAAGAAGCGUCCCCGGGAGCAUUCUAGUACUAGUAACCAGCGCCAUCGCAGUAACUAAAUGUUAAAUCGUCUUUUAU